AUGUCUUCCACAACAGCCCUUUCGCUGAACAAGACACGAAGGAACAGUGCUCUCGCGACGCCAUCCAAGACCAGCCCCGCUCCAGUGACCGACUCUCCAGGGAACUGGCAGCAUCCCCGCAUCAAGGAGAUCACUCGUCGCCAACAAGCCACCGUCUUCGGCAGUGACAAUGUCAAGACUAUCAUCUACAACAUUUCCGCCUUCUUCAUAAUAUAUGUAUUACGAUUGGUUGCUGGCGAGCAUGGCCCAACACAGCUGUCAAGCGAUGUGAAGCAAUAUCUCCACUGGGUCGCCCUGGCUGCUCAGAUGCUGCCUCUUGCGAACAUCGGCAUCGCCUGUCUUCCUAUACUACGAUCGAAAGACGACCUUUCCGACAUUGCCUUGACGCCAGCCCAGCGCAAGCUUCUUGGUCUGGCCCCAAGCUCAGCUCCGCCCACACCGAACUCGGUUUACAGCACGCCCCCGCGAUACGCACGCACGCCUUCCAUUAACGGAUCCAUCGGAAAGCCAAGCCCGACGAGCUCGCCUUUGUCGGCAAAUGGUAGUCCUGCUUCCGCGACACGGCCCAACGGCUCUCCGUACUCUCCUGCGGCGAGCCCCUUGCUCCAGAAGGCCGUCGGCUAUAGCGGAGGACGGCAAACGUCGUACGGCUCACCGAGUCCUUUCAAUGCGAGCACGAGUUCUUUCAACCUCAGCACCGCCUCUAGCAUUUUCUCCGAACCUCCCCCUACUCCUAGCCCGACUGGUGGGAAGAGGAUUAGUGUUGGUCUGAACAACAAGUGGUUGUAUGACAGGAGCCGUCGAUCCUCGGGAAACGUCUGGUCUUAG